CCGGCCAAUAGGGCCGCGGCUUGCUGCCCGGUGCCGUUGCCAUGCUGCUGGGCGGCGCUGACGAUGACGCGAGGUUAAUGGCAGCGGCGGAGGAAGGAGCGGCAGCGGCCCCAGCCCCGGCCGCCGCGCCGGGUGGCUGGUGGAGCCUGGAGGCGGCGGCCGAGCAGCUCGGCGCCUCGGAACCGGCGCUCAAGCUCUUCGUCUCCAUCAUCCUCGGAUACCCCUUUGCCUUCUUCCACCGGUGGCUCCUCCUGGGACGGGGAGCUCACCUAGUGCAUUACUACAACUCCAUGCUCGGCCUCUGGAUCGCGUACUUCAACUUCGGUUGGCACAUGCUGCACUCCCUCGCUUGUGUCGUCGUCCAGUUCCUGAUCCUCAGGCUGAUGGGGAGGACGGUCACCUGUGUCGCAUCCACUUUCCUCUUCCAGAUGGCCUACCUCUUAGCGGGCUACUACUUCACGGCCACCGAGCAGUACGACAUCAAGUGGACGAUGCCCCACUGCGUGCUCACCCUGAAGCUCAUCGGUCAGUGCCGGGGCUCCGGCGGGUGGCGGGGCGGACGCGUUUUGGGAAUGAAUGGGGCGCGUGUGUUCUGGGAUCACGUGGGCAGCCCCUUCCCCCAACUUCAUCCCUUCCCGUCUCUCUGAUCAGCGUCCCCUCCGAGGAAUUUAAACCACCCGCUAAAGGUCUUUGCCUGACCCCUUUCCC